GUUCUUAAUCUUGUUCACCAUCAUCAUCAGUCCAGUUGUGUAAGAAAACCAAGAAAAAUGACCAUGGAAACUAAGCCUCACGCAGUAUGCAUCCCAUACCCAGCACAGGGCCAUAUAAACCCUAUGCUGAAACUGGCCAAGCUUCUCCACCAGAGAGGCUUCCACAUAACCUUCGUCAACACCCACUUCAACCACAACCGUCUCCUCAAAUCUAGAGGCCCCAACUCCCUCGAUGGCUUGCCCGAUUUUCGCUUCGAAUCAAUCCCGGACGGCCUUCCUCCGACGGAGAACAAAGCCGACGCCACGCAGGACAUCCCAUCCCUGUGCGAGUCCACCGAAAAGACCUGCCUAGACCCCUUUCGAAAACUUCUCUUCCAGCUAAACGACGCCAGCUCUAGUAGCGGCGGUGCUGUUCCACCGGUGAGCUGUGUCGUUUCGGAUCCUGCUAUGCCGUUCACACUUACAGCUGGUGAAGAGUUUGGAAUACCUGUUGCGCUGUUUUGGACGAUCAGUGCUUGUGGCUUGUUGGGGUAUACACAGUAUGAGAAUCUUGUCAAUAAAGGGUUUACACCCUUUAAAGAUGAGAGCUCUUUUACAAAUGGGUAUCUGGAUACAUUGAUAGACUGGAUACCAGCCGUGAAUGAUAUCCGACUAAAAGAUCUUCCAAGCUUCAUACGCACAACAAAUCCAAAUGAAUUUAUGGUAAAGUAUGUUAUAAGAUUGAUUAAACUAACUUCAACAGGAAAUGCCAUGAUCUUUAACACUUUUGACUCGUUAGAGCACAAUGUCUUGGAAGCUCUUUCGUCCAUGUUCCCAUGUCCAAUUUACACAUUAGGCCCCCUCCAUGUACUUGUCAACAAGACUCAAUCAAAAAGUUUGUCCUCCAUUGCAUCGAAUUUAUGGGUAGAAGAGCUAGAAUGCCUCCAAUGGUUGGACUCAAAGGAUUCCAAAUCAAUUGUUUAUGUCAACUUUGGCAGCAUCACUGCCGUGACUCCGGAACAACUUGUUGAGUUCGCUUGGGGUUUGGCAAACAGUAAGAAACCCUUUGUUUGGAUAAUAAGGCCAGACCUCGUCGAUGGAGACUCGGCCAUUUUACCUUCGGAGUUUGUGGAAGAGACAAGGGAGAGAAGUCUGAUUUCUAGUUGGUGUCCACAAGAAGAGGUUCUUAGCCACCCUGCGAUUGGGGGUUUCCUAACGCAUUGUGGUUGGAACUCAACACUCGAAAGCUUGAGCGAAGGAGUGCCAACGAUUUGUUGGCCUUUCUUCGCCGAGCAACAAACUAAUUGUAAGUUUUUGUGCGACUAUUGGGGGAGUGGAAUGGAAAUAAAUCCCAAUGUUAAGAGAGAUGAUGUGGAAAAGCUUGUGAGGGAGUUGAUGGAUGGAGAAAAAGGAAAUGAUAUGAGAAACAAGGCCAUGGAGUGGAAGCACAAAGCACAUGAAGCCACCGAGCUUGGUGGCUCUUCUUUGGUGAAUCUGGAUAAUAUCAUCAGUAAGGUUUUGGUGCCAUCAUCAAAGCCAUAAGUUUGGUGUGUGUGUAAGAUUAUCGAGUUUGGAAGGGCAAAAAAAAAUUUUUUUUUUGCUUAUUAUAUGCAACGGUAUGUUUGACUGAUUGGAGUUUUUACAAACUUGCUAUUUGGUUUAAUAUAGAAUAGAAAAUAUUAUAUGAAGGGGAGAAAAUUUUAUUUAGUACUAUAA